UGGAACAGAAAACUGUAAUUUGAUGGUCGUGGCUGUUUAUUUUAAGGCGUUGUGGAUUUUAUUUUCUGUAGUACUAUAAAUGAGUCACACUAACAUUUAUAGUUUUGUGAGAGAUUUUUGUCUUCUUGACUAUUUCUCACUGUGUCUCUGUGACAUCAUUCUGCUGUUUAGCUAAACAUGGAACAAAACUAGCCCAUUGUACACAGAGCCUAGAUCAGUUGCAAAUGACGCUGCCUUUGGAGAUAAUUGGUCUGAAUCCCACUCCCAGACCUGCAUCUGUCUCAGAACAGAUCUACUCCCUCAAAAUGGGAUAUGUGAGGAAAACUUUCACACCACCUAUUACAAGUCUUUUCCCCAAACUAACAAGGCGAAAGAGAGAACAGCCAAGCUCAAGACGAGGCCUUGCACAGAGCCUAGAUUCCCACCCCACCCUAGAGAAACCAGAAGAACCUAGCACAAGCCAGGUGUCUCCCCUCUCCUACAUAUUUGAACACUCCAGGGAUGCUAUAUCUAGUUACCAUGGCACCCUUACUCCAAGUGGGCCGUCCUCACCAUUGUACGAGGCAGACACACAAAGCACCCUAUCGGCCUCCAAUUGCUGGACAACAGCAAGUGGUAAUACAACGGGGCGUAGCCGUAGCAGCGUAGACUCCACCUACUCCUGGGGUGAUGACGAAUUUGAUCGUCAUGCAUCAAAGACAGUGCGCAAUCUGUUUGAGGAGAUUGACUCCAUGUUGUAUGAGGAGCGGAGAGAUGGCCCCGAAAACAGCUACAGGGAAUGCAGGGAAUGGGUUUCACAAUUUCCUCAUCUACGGGUUCUUGGGGUGCAGGGAGUGGAACCUAAAGAGGCAGGGUAUAUGGCUAUUCCCAGAGACUCUCCUCGAUAUGGCUGCAGCAGUGUUCUCCAAGAUGUCACGGAGCAGGACAUCUUCUCCACAACUCAGGAUCUGCAGGGAUUACAAGUGUCAGGCCGCGCGGUGUCAGCUAAGCCCUGCCCUGUGGACAGCAAAACUCACCGACCUCCAGCAGAGCUCAGUUACCUGGAGGAGGAGGUCUUUGCCCAGGAGGGAGAGUAUGAGGAAAUUCUGGCAGUGGAUCAUCGGGACAUGUUUGAAGAUGCAUUAGAGCAGAAGAGAAACAUUAUCCCUCGCAGGCGGCGGCUAGGCUUUCCUCCUGUCACCCCUAACGCUUGCCUUCGAGAUACUGUGUCCUGUGCUGUAUUCGACUACAUCUGGAUAGAGUUCCUGGAAUGGGCCGGCAAAUUGAUCAAACAUUACUCAUCAGUUCUAUUAGAAAACACUGUGAACCCCACCUUGCCAAAUCCACUGGAUGCCAUAUUGUCAAAGACUAAUAGACUGUCAGCCGGCACUUCAGGUCUGGAAUCUCGUGGGCCAUCACUGGGAGAUGUGCUCACUGUGUCCAGGAAAGAACUCCAGCUCAGGGAAAAGUCCAACCUACAGGACAUAGCUGAGGCACAGUCUCCACUACCUGCCCUGGAGAACCAUCCAAACCACACAGGUGUGAUGGCUGUGAGACGCCAGCGCCCAGGCAGCGUCCGCUUACUCUCUGCCACCCUGCGACGCCCUGUGGGCCCCAGGACAGGUCCCGGGGUCCGCCUUACUCCACUCCAUGUCACUUCUCACCUUUCAGAGAGCAGAUCACGCACACCUAGUGUUGAGGAUACUCGCAGUCUGCAGAUGCAGAACGAGGUUCUAGUUGGACACCGGCUGCCAAUUGGCUCUGACCGUCUCCAGUCCCCACCCUCUGGCCUACGGAACAGUGCCCUUCCACCACUUGACAUGAUUGUGCGCUAUAAUAACAUGAAACGUGCUCACAACCGUGCCAGCAGUGCACUGGUCACAGACAAGGAAUCCUCCCUGAGGCUGUCCAACAGGGAAAAGUACCUGCAAACUCAGGAGAGCUUUGCAGUGGCGCGUCCCAGCACUACGCAUGCCUUCCACAGGUCCGAUACCCCGGGAAGCUAUGGGAAUGUAGCAAGUCGACGGUCCUCCACACCUCUGGGCUUUUACACUAUGACAGCCAGGCAGGGACACUCAUUAGGUGCACCAAACUACCUGGGUGUGACGGGCAGUGGGAUUUCGCAGCAGCCCGCUGACCUCAACCACCUCACUCCAGAAAACCCUACUGACUCAGAAGGGUAUCAAGAAGUCAUCCACAGCCAGUGGAGUUUUAAUGGGGACUACUGACUUAUUUGACAUCUCCAACAGCUACAAGAAACAACCCUUAUGGAAAGAAUAGACAACAGAGCUCCUAUCUUAUGUCUAGAGUGUGAACGUCAUACCAAUACAUGUCUGCCAUUGCUCUACAAUUAUAGAGUUGUAAAGGCUGAAGGUCCUGAUCAGCUAGUCUGCCUUGGCUCUUUAACCAUUGAGCUUUUAUCUGAUGUCUAAAGUGUGAAGGUCAUAUCAUUCCAGUCUACCAUGGUCCUUCAGCCAUAGAGCUCUUAUCUGAUGUCUACAGUGUGAAAAACUGCCAUGGCUCUUCAACCACAGAGCUGUUAUCUGACACCUACAGUGUGAAAGACUGCCAUGGCUCUUCAACCACAGAACUGUUAUCUGACUCCUACAGUAUGAAAGACUGCCAUGGCUCUUCAACCACAGAGCUGUUAUCUGACGCCUACAGUAUGAAAGACUGCCAUGGCUCUUCAGCUGUAGAGCUGUUAUUUGACGCCUACAGUGUGAAAGACUGCCAUGGCUCUUCAGCCAGAGAGCUCUUAUCUGAUGUCUACAGUGUGAAAGACUGCCAUGACUCUUCAACAACAGAGCUGUUAUCUGUUGUCUACAGUAUGAAAGACUGCCAUGGCUUUUCAGCUGUAGAGCUCAUAUCUGACGUCUACAGUAUGAAAGACUGCCAUGGCUCUUUAACCAUAGAGCUGUUAUCUGACACCCACAGGGUGAAAGACUGCCAUGGCUCUUCAACCAGAGAGCUCUUAUCUGAUAUCUACAGUGUGAAAGACUGCCAUGGCUGUUCAACCACAGAGCUGUUAUCUGACGCCUACAUUGUGAAAAACUGCCAUGGCUCUUCAACCACAGAGCUGUUAUUUGACACCUGCAGUGUGAAAGACUGCCAUGGCUCUUCAGCCAUAAAGUUCUUAUCUGAUGUCUUCAUUGAAAGACUGCCAUGGAUCUUCAACCACAGAGGUCUUGAAUGAUGUCUAAAUCACAAAGUUUCCAUGCAAACAGUCUGUGUGGAUAGGUCAAUCUGUGAAUUACCAUACAGAUAAGGAAUGAUGUCACAAGUUGACAACAUAUCACAAAACAUGCGUAGUCUCUGAGAAUCUGGCUGCAGUGCUCAACUUUACAGAAAAAGUUCAUGUACAGUGUAGCUGGUUCAGCGCCAUGAUCAUGGAAAUCACUGUUUCCAUGUAGGAUGUUCUCAUACCUACCUUUAAGGUCAUCAUGAAAUGUCAUCACAUGUACCAUGAAUGCAGUAAAAAGUGAUCUCAUGCAGGAAGCUAUCAUGUGUACCACAAAAUGGUAAUCACUAAUUUCACACGGGAUGCUAUGACAGCUAAAAUGAGUCUAACAGAUGCAUCAUUUCAGAUCAACAGGAUGUUCCAAUAUUCUGUGACCUUGUAAGAAAAUUUGAUUGGCUUAUGUGUGACCAAGUACAUUAUCUGUGUUCCGUUUACAGUUUAAGGUUUUGUUUUUGUUAGAAUACCAAUUGAAAUGAUCUGAAUUUUUUAAAUUGUUAUAUAUAUUGUUGAAUGCAUGUCUGUGAUACAUAUUGGACUAGAAUGUGAAUAAGCAGCCAGCCAUGUCCCGCAUACACAAGCAUUGUCAUAUCCCCUUGGUAUAACCAUGCAUGACAUAUACAUGUAUCAUAAUGACAUGUACUUAUAGAAUCAGCUAUGUACAAGAGAGAAGACUUAUAUUACUGAGAUGGCUGAUACAUGUAUCGUGUUGGUUACAAAUGGAGAUUCCAAUUAAACCUACACAUAUAAAACCAUAACAUAUAUAUGAAAUGAGUUCAACGUCAUCUGUUUCUGAUCUGAAUUUAUUUACAGCUGUAUGUUGUUUGGGAUGAAUCAGUAGGCUGCGGUAGAUAGAUUCUCUCCCUUGUUUGUGGUAGCGACAUUAAUGUAACCACAUUGGUAACGUGUUCUUGGAUCUGUUCAUUGUAGGACAUUCAAACAUUAACGUAGAGUCUGAAACAGCCUCACUUUGAAUGUAGCAACCAAAAGCCUUAUGAUACAUGUAAAUCAAUGGUGUGAUGUAGCAUUUCUACUUCUCAGGCUGGCAGUGAGUGGACAUUUUUCGAAUAGGUUCCGUCUGCACUGUGUUGCAUAUUUUGGCUGUCUGGAACAGCCAGAAAUGUAAAAAGGUUGCCGCACUAGAUUUCCACACAUUUGUAGUACGUCUGUGUGUGCAGAAGAGACAGCUCAGUAUGUACAUGAAUGUAAAAUUUGUGCCAGGUGACCCAAUAGUUUGCCACUAGGAAGCUUGUAGUAUGCUGAUGGCAGACAAACACUUGUACAGAUAUUGCAUGACGAUGUAUCCACAGGUUCAGGAUGGACCCCAAAACUUUUCAAACGUCCCAAAGCUCGGAUUUCUGGCUGCUUAUACAGUACAUUGCUUGCUUCACCCAUUUAUUCUCCAGGAAAUGUAAAUUCACACAGUUCAAAGUAUGAAUCUCAGUCAUGUCUGUGUAAACAUAACAGAUGAUUGAUGAGCUCCAACAAGCACAGUUAUUACCUCUUGCCUGGCUAAGUUCAGGUUCUCAGGGAUGUCUGUGUCAUUUCACCGUAACACAGUAUAUCAGAUAUAUGGGAUAUUUUUCAGCUAAUCUAAACCCUUGCCUUUUGGUAGGCAAGGCAUAUAGAUCAGAGUCAUUGUAGUUGAAAUAAAGAGACACAACUGCAAACCAACACCGACAGCAUUUCGUGAUAGUAUACUACCUCUUUGGUUUGCUCCCUGUCAUGGCAUGUCUCUGACUUUUACCAUUUUAAUCUUAUGGAAUAACUUCAGCACUGAUCUAGACUACAGACGGAUCUAUGCAUCUCCAUGGAUGUUAACAUAGCUCAUGUCCAUCUAUUAUUAUUAAGUUAAACACGGUUCUUCACAAACUACCUCUGUUAAGACUACCUGCACAAACCAUGUGUUUAAGGAAGAAUGACCGUUGAUGUUUACCCCUGAUAUGCCUGAGUGAGAGGACUAGCACAUGUAAACAUUGUGGCAGCAUACUGACAAAUGGUUCUUGAUCAGUGGAGAAGGCUCAAUCAUUUUAUCAUUUUAUAUGAGUGAUUUACAUGUAUGUUUUUAUGUAUAUCAUGAGUGAAAUGCUACGUAAUUGUACUAUAAUCAAGAAUUUUAGAUCAUGUUAAAGAACUUGAUGAAAAAAAAAAACAAACAGUAAUUCUUCUUAUGGUACAGUAGUGUUCCUUUUUUUAUUUUUAUCAUUUCUUUUCUUUUAAUAGCCUGACUGAUAAAUCUUCUUGGACUCAUAGUUAUUCAACAUGUGCUUGUAAACUGGAGACAGAUACAUGUGUAUGUAGUUAUACAAGAUGCACAAUGUACACAUGGUUGUGCAACAUGCAUGUAGACCAUGUGUGUAUAACAGUGGACACUGGUUGUGCAAUGCAGACCAUGUACAUGUAUACGAUGGGCAGAUACAUGAAGUUGCACAACCAAGUUAUACCAGGAGUAGAUUGUUGUGCAACAGAGCUGGUACACAAUGGUGAAUAGAUGACUGCCUCAGAAUGGUUAAAUCAUUUAAAGAAAAUAAACUGGUAUGUUAAUAUAGACAGGCAGCUGAGCCAAAGGCUUACAGAAUUUAUCCUGUGUACUAUAGGUUAUAAUUAUAUAUAGUAAAACAGGUGUGUCAUGAGCAGAUAAUUGUACAACAUGGGAUUUGUGUACCUUGGCAGUUGUACAACAUGGAACAUAUUAAAUAUCGUUGAUGAUGUCAUUAUUAUGUCAUUAUGUGUACAUGUGUAUAAAACAAAUGUAUGUCUCCCAAAAGUCUGUAUGUGGACCUGUUCUCCAGAUAUAGCUGGACAUCCAUUAUAAGUGCUAAUUAACACAUUAUUUUCAGUAAGUAAUGUGCAAUAUUAUGUACAUGAAUAAAGAGUU